AUGAGCGAGGCCGAGGAGCUGGCCAUGGACGCCGUGUCGCAGGUCAUCUGCGACGCCCUCUCCACGGCAGAACACGUCGCCCUCGCCGCCGCCAUGCGCGCCGGUACCGCUCCUGUCCUCGCCGCCCUCGCCGCCUUUUCCUCCUCUCGCGAUGCGGAUGCCCUUGUUGCCGACCUGCGUGUUGCGUUGGCUCACCCGCAAGAGUGCUCGGACAAGGCCGCCGCUGCCCUUCCCGCCGUGGGCGAGGCCGAUGGCGCAGAGAGUGUGGAGAACGCUGCGCCCGAUGCCGCCGCACUCCGACUGCUCGUCCCGGCCAUCCGUGGCCACACGGCGGAAGCUGCAGCCGCAGCUGCGGGCUGUGAUGACGGUGAGGUCACGCCAUGGGUCACCAUUGGCCUCGUUGUCAGUGCUGCUUCGGAUGUUCACGUUCUGGCCCAUGUGGCUGCCGUGCUUGCCGGCGUCCGCCUCGCGGGGCAUCCGGUCGGCUCGCCGUUCCGGGUCGUGGUGGUGGCCGCAGCGGAUAAGCCGGUCGUCCGCACUCUUACAGGGCUCACCAUCCUGGCGGAUGCAGUGCUGACCGACGUACCGCCGCUCGACGCCAUCAUUGUUGUCCCAGUCUGGGCCAGCGACGGUCGUGGCAUGCUUCAAUCUGCGGCAGAGAGCGUGGAGGCCCUUGGCCCAGCCGCUUGCGAGUGGCUCGCUGCUCGUGCACAGGUCGUCCAGUUCACGAUCGGCCUCCAUCGCGCUCUGGGAUUGGGCCCUUCUGCUGAGCCUGCGGUGUUUGCCCAGUUUGUGGUCCGCGGCGGCUCGCCCGAGCCGUCGAUGCCGCUUGCUCAGGCUCUUGGCAGGCUCGCUGCCCACUGGCUCGGCGGCUCGGGCACGCUGCCGGACGUGAACGCGAUUUCGUACACUCCACCGGCGAGCUGGACAUGACGUCACUUGGAACUUUACUCGCGACCCAUGGCGCGACACUCGACCAAUGCGUAUGCUAGUCGCUCGCGGGCGACCUCGUAGCUGGACCAAGGCGGGAGGUAGAGCAUGAACCAGCAGGUC